AUGCUCGCUUGUUUGGCCAGGGGGAAUUUACUGGAUAUUCUUCAGGAGGGCUUCACGGAGCAACAGCUACAGGCGUAUGUGGCCUGGGUGAAUUCCCAGCUGAAGAAGAAGCCAAUAAUAAAGCCAGUCCAAGAUCUCAGACAAGAUCUCCGAGAUGGAGUCAUUCUUGCUUUGCUCAUUGAGAUUGUAGCUGGUGAGAAGUUGAAUGGCAUUCAGGCCAACCCCACCAGUCAGCAGCAGAUGAGGGAAAACGUGGAGAAAGUAUUACAGUUUGUGGCAUCAAAAAAAAUACGCAUGCAUCAGACAUCAGCAAAAGAUAUUGUUGAUGGGAACUUGAAAUCUAUCAUGAGGUUGAUCCUGGCUUUAGCUGCUCAUUUCAAACCAGGCUCCAGUAGAGCAAUGAAUCACAGCCCUGCUGGCACAGUGGGGAAAAACUUGUCAGCAUCAUCUGCAGGUCACAGGCCUCGCUCAGCUGCUGCAGUGGCCCAGGGGGCGGUGGCUGCUCUGGCAGAUGUUCGUCAAGAUGUCUUGCAAUCCGGGCGGGAUGUUUUCCGGCGCAGACAGAGAAAUAGCAACAUGGAUGAGGAGAUUGAAAACCCCUACUGGAGUGUCCGGGCACUCGUGCAGCAGUAUGAAGGGCAGCAGAACAUGCCAUUGGAGUCCCACUCUUCCAGUCUUACAUCACCUAGUCCUAUCCAUAGUGUGAAGAGCGAAUCCACUGUAGCCCCAUCAGAGGAGAAGGAAAGACUUGUGAUCAUCCACACUGAAGAAACAGAAACUAAAACAGAAGAGACAGAAUCUCAUUUCCAGCCUGAGUGGCAAGCUGGGAACCCUGGUCCAUAUUUGGAGAAUUCAUGGGAGGAGCAGCUUUUGGAACAACAGGACCAUUUGGAAAAGGAAAUGGAGGAAGCAAAGAAGAUGAUUUCAGGCUUGCAGGCUUUGUUGCUCAAUGGGUCUUUACCUGAGGAUGAGCAGGAAGGGUCCUUUGAACUUUGUGAACGUGGAGCCUGCCCUGAAGAGCAGCUGAUCAUAAUCCGAAGUCGCCUGGACCAGAGCGUGGAAGAAAAUCAAGACUUAAAGAAGGAGUUACUGAAAUACAAACAAGAAGCUCGAAACCUACAGGGAAUAAAGGAUGCUUUACAGCAAAGGCUGAUUCAACAGGAUGCGUCAGUUCUUCAGCUAAAGCAGGAACUGCUGAGAGCAAACAUGGACAAGGAGGAAUUGCACAACCAGAAUGUUGACCUUCAGAGGAAGGUUGAGGAGAGAAACCGGCUCCUGGCAGAAUACAAGAAAGAACUGUGCCAGAAGGAUCGGCAUUUACAACAGCAUCAGACCAAACUGGACGAAAUGCUUAGGCAGCUUUCUGAGGCCAGCUACCAACAGGUGGAUUUGGAGCGAGAGUUGGAGCACAAAGAGGCCUUGCUAGCUCACUGCAUGAAGAGAGAGGCUGAAGAGGUGAUGGCUUGCAGUGGACAUAGUCCUCAGAGCAAUGGUUUCCUCCAGACAGCAGGGAAAGGAGCUGCUCCCACAGCACACCGAGGGACAAAUGACUUGCAGCUGGUUCGUGAUGCUCUUCGCAGCCUCAGGAACAGUUUCAGCGGCCACGAUCCACAGCAUCACACUAUUGACAGCCUGGAGCAAGGCAUCUCCAGCCUAAUGGAACGCCUGUACCGUGUGGAAACACAGAAGAGGCAAGAAAGAAGGACCCGGGGGAAAUCACCAGCAAGCAGAGCAACAAAUGAGUGUAGAGACUCCUGGCCUCCCAAAUCCAAACUGCCUCAUUCUCACAGCACACCCGUGAUGAGCACUAGUGCCUGCACCAAAGUGUUAUACUUCACUGACCGCUCCCUCACACCUUUCAUGGUCAAUAUACCAAAGAGGUUAGGGGAAGUGACUCUGAAGGAUUUUAAGGUAGCUAUUGAUCGUGAAGGAACUCACCGGUACCAUUUCAAAGCCCUGGAUCCAGAGUUUGGCACAGUCAAGGAGGAGGUAUUCCAUGAUGAUGACAUCAUUCCUGGUUGGGAGGGGAAAAUUGUGGCCUGGGUGGAAGAAGACCAUGGAGAGAAUUAA